AUGUCGCAUUCCGAACACACACCAAUGAUUCCAGAGCCCAUUCCGGUCGAGAAAACAAGCUGGAGACACCAAGUAGACGAUCUAUUAUUUGGUUCGGUGGCAGGAAUGGUUGGAAAGUUUGUAGAGUAUCCUUUUGAUACUGUCAAGGUCAGACUACAGACACAACCAUUAGACCGACCGCUUUUCUCUGGUCCACUCGAAUGUAUGACUGCCACAUUGAAGCAGGAAGGUAUCAGAGGACUCUACAAGGGAAUGUCAUCACCGCUAGUUGGAGCAAUGUUGGAAAAUGCGACUCUGUUUGUAGGAUAUCGACAGAUCCAAAAUAUGAUUCGAAAGUACAGUGGUACCGAGCCAGGAGCUGAUUUGAGUCUAUCUCAACUUGUUCUAGCAGGCACAGCAUCGGGCGCCCUAGCCUCAAUUAUACUCACACCCGUAGAACUCGUCAAGUGCAAGUUGCAGGUUCAACUGAUCCAAGACACCACGGCUACCCAAACAAAGAAAUACACUGGCCCCUUUGAUGUCAUGCGCCACAUCUUGCGCCAACACGGUCUCAAUGGAUUCUACCGAGGAUAUCUGGCCACCCUGAUCCGUGAAGCAGGCGGUGGAGCAUUCUGGUUUGGUGCCUACGAAUACACUUGCUCACUCUUCAUCGAGCGCCGACAGAGACUCUCGGCCACAAAGAUCACAAAGGAAAACCUCUCAGCACCUGAACUAAUGCUUGGCGGUGCAUUGGGUGGUAUAGCCUACAAUCUGUCCUUCUUCCCAGUGGAUGUCAUAAAGUCCAAGAUGCAGACCGACGAAGAGCUGCUUGGCAGAGCGUUCAAGCAGCGUACAUUUGUACAGACCGGCCAGGAUAUCUAUAAAGGUGCCGGAGUACGAGGUUUCUAUCGAGGAUGUGGUAUUACCUUGUUGCGUAGUGCACCAUCCAAUGCCAUCAUCUUUAUGACAUAUGAACUCUUGUCACGUCAUUUUGGAGCCGCUUAG